GCCAGGGAUAUGCGGCCUAGGGGGCGGGGCCAAUGAGAUCGUAUUUUUUGACGGCAACUCGGAGCUCCGCAGUUUCACCUCGCCCAGCUUCUAAGGCCAAGACAUCCUUAGUAGUGGGGAAUGGCUCAGAAACGAAGGACUGGCCCCAAACUUGAACUCACUGCAGACCAAAAGCAGCAAAUGCGAGAGGCUUUUGACCUGCUGGAUGCUGAUGGCACAGGCACCAUUGAUGUGAAAGACCUGAAGGUGUCCAUACGAGCACUGGGGUUUGAACCCACAAAGGAAGAGCUGAAGAGAAUUGUGCUCGAAGUGGAUAAAGAAGGAACAGGAAAAAUUGGCUUUGAUGCCUUUUAUUCUGUGAUGACUACAAAAAUGUCACAAAUAGAUCCCAAAGAAGAAAUCUUGAAGGCCUUCAAGCUAUUUGAGGACAGUGAGAGUGGCAAGAUCUCCUUCAAGAACCUCAAGCAGAUUGCCAAUGAGAUAGGAGAGAAACUGACAGAUGAAGAAUUGCAGGAAAUGAUUGAUGAAGCUGAUAUGGAUGGAGACGGGGAAGUGAAUGAGCAGGAGUUUCUGAAGAUACUGAAGAAAGUUGACAAUUAACAUUGAAUUUCUCUUGUUUCUUGAACAUUUGCUCUGCCCUUCGCCCCUCCAGCCUUCCUGUUCUUCAAGGAGCUAUGGAGAUGGUGGUGGGUGGUUUCUGUUCAGGAAUUACAGAAUGCAUUGGCAGGCAAGCAGUGAUGGAGCAUAACUGGUAAGAAGGGAAAGGCUGUAGCUUUUUGUUUUUUAGCUCCUAGUAUGCACUCCGUUCACAUUAAAUGCUUCAUGCCAUUUCA